AUGUCGAGAUCGCAGCUCCUCCUUCUCCUCUGCUGCUCAGUCCCUCGGUUUUCGCAGUUGAUAAAUCAACCUGGUUUUUUACUUUCAUUGCGGAGAUUGUCAAAUCGUCGAAUUCAUGAGAAUUUUAACUGCAACCUUUGUCAGGAAGUCACAAAAGCAUGUGUGCGUGCAAGGGCUCUCGAUUUUGGUAAGAAGGCCUCGUGGGAGCAUAAUGUCUAUGGAUUCACCCCUACAAUUGGCUCUGCAAACCAUCUUUUGCAAUAUGCUAAAGAGCAUGAAGAUGCUACCCUCAUGCAGGAAGUUAUGAAGCUUUUGAAGUUAAAUUUGUUGCCAUUGCAACCCACCAUGGCCGAUAUUGUUUUCAGCAUUUGUGAUGAUACAGACAAUUGGGGGUUGCUCACAAAGUAUUCAAAGAGAUUUGUCAAAAAUGGAGUGAAUUUGCAUAAAGCUGCAUUUGACAUCUGGAUGGAGUUUGCUGCAAAAGUUGGAGACAUUGAAUCUCUAUGGAAAACUGAGAAGUUAAGAUGUGAGUCCAUGAAGCAGCACACUCUGGGCAGUGGGUUCUCAUGUGCAAAGGUAGUUUACAAACGCAGACUGUUAACAAAUAUCAGACCCUGAAAGCACUAGGUCUUGCAUUAGAAAAUCUGAUAAUGGGAAAAUAUUAAUAUUGCAGUACAGAUCAGUACAAAGUUCUUGGUAAACUAGGUGAGAGGUCUAUGGCCAAAAAAAGUGAGAGUUAAUGAUUGAAUAAACCAAAUUUUGGCUCACAUCCUGGGACAUGAAGCACCUAUGGGCAUGAGAAUGCUCAUUGUCAUCACACAAAGGAGAUAUAACUACUUUUUGGGUAUUUGGAAGCAUUUAUUAUGGCUUUUAGCACUCUGGUUUAAGAUUCAAAUUUAACCGACUGUUAUUUACUUGUUUUGUGGCAAACUAAAUGGUUUUAUAACCAAUUUUUCGUGCCGGGAUAUUUACUUGAAGGCAAACCUGAGGAGGUGGCUACAGUCAUUCAUGUCUUGAAUCAGGCUCUGUUUGUUCAGAUGUCGCCUCUUAGGUCUCACAAUGUGAAUGCCUUGGACUGAUGCCAGAGUUUACAUUAUGCUAAGAGGUCCAGCAUCAGGGUUGAACUUCAAAAGCUUGUCAGAGAGUGGCUUUUCGAGGUUAUCAAACGGAAGAAAGAAGAUGACUGCAAGGCAUUGGCUGCUUCUCUCAAAUCUGAUAUCCCGGCCAUGGUUAGUUCCUUAUUAAACACGGGCUUGGAGGUGAAAGUGAAUAUGGAACAACUAACCACCGAAGGCACCC